AUGCCGACGCAGGCUUCUAGUGAAGCGCUCUCCACGCAAUGUUACGAUAUGAUCGUUGUUGGUGCUGGCGUCGUCGGCUCCGCUCUCGCCUCUGCGCUCGCCCGCUCCGGUCGGCGCGUGGCCCUGCUCGAGCGCGACCUCUCCCACCCAGAUCGCAUCGUCGGCGAGCUGCUGCAGCCAGGCGGCGUCAUGGCGCUCAGCAUGCUCGGUUUGCAGGACGCACUGCGCGACAUCGACGCCAUCCCCGUUGAAGGUUACCAAGUCUUCUAUGGCCCGCGCAGUGUGCCCAUCCCUUACCCUGCCCAGGCCGGCGCACUCGCCUACGACAAGGGCAAACAUAUCGAGAGCGCCAGCGGCAAAGUCGAGGGACGCAGCUUCCACCACGGAAACUUUGUCCAGGCGCUCAGGACUCUCGCAUCGGCGCAACAGAACGUCACGCUUAUUGAGGCGACCGUCAGGGACCUCGUUGCCGACGGCAAUAAGAUCGUUGGCGUCUCUGCCACGCGCAAGCUACCGCAACACUCGCCGGAAGAAGUGAGAGAAGCUGGUGCAAACAGCGACGAGGCAUUGGAGCUGCGUGCCUCCAUUACCAUCGUUGCUGACGGCUGCUUCAGCAAGUUCCGCCGGCAAUUCGGAUCGUCCAUCGCACCAAUCGUGCGCUCCAACUUCGUAGGCCUGGAGCUGGAACACGCCCCACUGCCUGCGCCCAAGCACGGGCACGUUGUCCUUGCACCAUCGGGCCCGAUCCUUCUCUACCAGAUUUCGAGCACCAUGACGCGCAUUCUCAUCGACGUGCCCGGCGAGAAGCUCCCCAGCGCCGCCAAAGGCGAGCUGCAGAAGCACAUCCGCGAUAAUGUCGUGCCUUACCUUCCUGACACUCCGUCACAUGCCGUAGAUCGGCCGCAGCAGGCGAAGCCAUCGGCACCGACACCGCUGGGCGCGAACCUACUUGCUGAGCUCGACGCGCAGAAGCAACGGUUGCGGAGCAUGCCGAACAGCUUCUUGCCGCCAAGCAUGCAAGGACAGCGGAGCGACAGGAAGGGUGUCAUUGUCGUUGGCGACGCCAUGAACAUGCGGCAUCCUCUCACAGGCGGCGGCAUGUCCGUAGGCCUUUGGGACGUGGUACAUCUCACGAACGCCCUUGGGGGUGGGAAGUGGCCCCCCUCUGAAGGCGACGCUGUUUCCACAACGCAGGCUGCGGUGAUUAAACUCGACCAGUGGGACGCUCAGGUCAGGCCAGCGCUUCGCGCUUGGCACUGGAAUCGCAAGGGACUCGCGAGCGUUAUCAACAUUCUCGCACAGGCGCUAUACAGCCUCUUUGGAGCUGAUGACGAGAACCUUGAAGUCCUUCGAGAGGGUUGCUUCAAGUACUUUGAACUCGGCGGCGAAUGCGUCGGUGGGCCGGUGCGUUUGCUCUCGGGCCUCGCACCACAGCCUUUACUGCUCGUCUAUCAUUUCUUCUCCGUCGCGCUGUACUCGAUCUGGUGUCUGUUCACCAACGAGCGGACGGCUGCGAAUGGGAGCAAGGCCAAGCCCUCUUUGCUCGAAUACCCAGCACUACUUGUGAAGAGCGCCGUAGUCUUCUACACUGCUUGCGUCGUCCUGCUACCGGUCAUCUUCACCGAGCUGCGUUCGAACGUUCCAAAAUUCACAUCUCAUCCCUCGACGUUUUCGCCAUCAGCAUCGUCAUCAUCAUCACCAUACAGCAAAGGAAAGAGCGACAAGCUGAACGACUUCGCAAGCGCGCUUGGGGAUCGCACGACGCUGCUCCUGCUCUCGGCUGUCGUGGUGCUCGCGUGGGUGUACAUGGGCCACCAGCACGGCGCCGUUACCAGUACCGGCAGCGGUAUUAGCGGUGGCGGCUUUGGUUUCAGCUUCGGCGGAUCGCACGCUUCGCAGAUCAUGCAUGGCGUCAAGAAAGGCGUUGCCUCCAGAGGGAGAGGCGCCCUCGAGGAUUGGUUCACGUUCCCUCGGGCGCUGGCGCGGGUGCGAGGAUAG